GCCCUUGCUUGUCUCCCCGCGGCUCGGCGCGGCCCUUUCGCAGCCGGCCGAUCUGGAGGAGGGCGGUGCGGUUCCGGGGCGCUGCGGAGCCCUCCACCCGGGACGGCAUCCCCUCCCUGGGCCUCUCCGGCUUGCCCGCCCGCCAGGCCGCUCGCCCCGCGGGCUCUCGCAUCGGGAAUCGUGGGGCGAGCUGAGAGCAGGCCCGGGGAGGGUGGGCACGCGGAGGCGCCGUCGCUGUCAAGAUGAUAGAGGUACUGACAACUGACUCUCAGAAACUGCUGCACCAGCUAAAUGCCCUGUUGGAACAGGAGUCAAGAUGUCAGCCAAAGGUCUGUGGCUUGAAGCUAAUUGAAUCUGCACAUGAUAAUGGCCUGAGAGUGACUGCAAGGCUCAGGGACUUUGAAGUAAAAGAUCUACUCAGUCUAACUCAGUUCUUCGGCUUCGACACGGAGACAUUUUCUCUAGCUGUGAAUUUACUGGACAGAUUCCUGUCUAAAAUGAAGGUACAGGCAAAGCAUCUUGGAUGUGUUGGACUGAGCUGCUUUUAUUUGGCUGUAAAGUCAAUAGAGGAGGAAAGGAAUGUCCCAUUGGCAGCUGACUUGAUCCGAAUAAGUCAGUACAGGUUCACGGUUUCAGACUUGAUGAGAAUGGAAAAGAUUGUGUUGGAGAAGGUGUGUUGGAAAGUCAAAGCCACUACUGCCUUUCAAUUUUUGCAACUCUAUUAUUCACUCAUUCAAGAGAACUUCCCAUUUGAAAGGAGAAAUGAUCUUAAUUUUGAAAGACUAGAAGCUCAACUUAAGGCAUGCCACUGCAGGAUCAUAUUUUCUAAAGCAAAGCCUUCUGUGCUGGCACUGUCCAUCAUUGCUUUGGAGAUCCAAGCACUGAAGUGUGGAGAGUUAAUGGAAGGAGUAGAAUGUCUUCAGAAACAUUCCAAGAUAAAUGGCCGAGAUUUGAUGUUCUGGCAAGAGCUCGUAUCCAAGUGUUUAACUGAAUAUUCAUCAAACAAGUGUUCCAAACCAAAUGUUCAGAAGUUGAAAUGGAUUGUUUCUGGGCGGACUGCAAGACAGUUGAAGCACAGUUACUACAGAAUAACUCACCUUCCAACAAUUCCUGAGAUAGCGUCUUAAUUGGUAAAUUUGGUUGUUAGUCAGGCGUGGUGGCACAUGCCUUUAAUCCAAGCUCUUGGGAGAUAGAGGCAGGUGGUGGGGCUACAGGGAGACCCUGUCUCAAAAAGACCCCCCCCAAAUUUUUUUUUGUUAUUCUCUAUAUAGGGAAAAUUUACCAGUGUGAUAUUCUUUUACAAUUGAACUGAAAUAUUAUAUUCAACAUAAACAAUAUGGGAUUGAAAUAGUAAAGGGAAAAAUGACUUCACUGAUCUAGUUAGCAAAUAUUUAAAAGCAAUAAUUGUGUACAAGGCACAGCAUUCUUGAGAGAAAGGAAUUAUCCAAAUUCUAAAUGUGUUGGCAAUUUCAUUAAAUUAUUAGCAUCCUCCAAUCCUGAAUUUUUAACGCAGUACUGAAUUAGUAUUUACUAAAUUGCACGUCAUCUCACUGCAGCUUAUUUAAAGUUACACAAACCCAAGUAGAACAACAGAACCAAAAUCUGACCCAUAUUUGAAUAAGUUAGAGUUUGUUAGCUGCAAGCAAAAGUAUGAUGACUGAGUGCUGUACUUCUAAAGAAAUAUGGUACAGAUAGUCUGCAUAUUCGGUUUCUGGAAAUUGUUAGGGUGUCUCAACUCUAUAGUUUGUAUUUCAUUGCCAUAGCAGUUGGACUAUUAAAGAGUAAUUAUAUGCAUUAAGAACUGUAAACUUGGUCACUGGUAUAUAUACAUUUUUGCCAUCCAAAUUUCUUAAUGCACAGUAAUGAUUUAUCCUUUUUUGUUUAAAACUAAAUGUUGCUUGUGAGAUGGCUUGGCAGGAAAGGGCACUUGCAGCCAAGCCUGACAUCCUGAGUUUCAUCCCCAGGACCCACAUGGUGGAAGGAGAAAACCAAAUCCCCCAGAUUGUUUGUUGACCUCCACACAUGUGUGCUUCCCAUCCCCACCCCCCCCACAAGAAAUAGAUGUUAAAAAAAAUUAAAAAUCUAAAAGUCAACAUUUAACACAUCUAUGUAGGGUUAUGAAUUUUGGAUAUGAACAGUUCACUUUCAGUGGCUAGUAACAUUUAGACAGGUCUCUAUUAAGCUGGGUUUUUGUUUUUACUUUAGGAGUACUGCAGCAACAAAAAAACUCUUCUCUGAAACCUUUCCUACAACCCUGAGCUAUGGAUUCCAUACUGUUAUACUGGACAUAAGCUAUGGAAACCUAAAAACAUCACAACUACACUAGUGUAACAUUCUAGACUUGGGAAGACAGCCUGAUUCUAUGCUGCGUAGAGCUAUGCUUAGAUUUGAAUUCACCCUUAAAGCGUUCAAAUCAAAGCUAAAGACAUAAAUGUGAAGUAAAACUGUGAAUCUUCAUUUCUAACAUUGAUCUUUCUAUAUUGGAUCAAUAUAUUUAGGUGACUGAAAAUGGUAAUUUAAAUAUAAAAAUUUAAAUUAAUGAAGUUUACAUCAAAACCAACAUUUCACAAAUGCACUUUUAAGGCAUUAUAAGGGUUAAUAUUUUAGGCAGUAAAUGGUUUCUUGGAACCCAUAAUGCAAGUAAUUGAUAAUUCAGAAAUGGAGUUUUUAUUGCCAUAUGAGAAUUACAUUUAAACUUUUAUGCAUUUUAUAUAAAAAAAUACAGACUUCAAAAGUUUUGCAAAUAAUCUUUAAUAUUUCUUAUGAAAAACAGUUGGUUUGUAUGCAUGAUAAAAAAUUUUGCUACAGAAUUACUGCCUCAAUCUAGUUCCAUCUGAGAAAAUUUGUUUCUGUUGUAUUAAUUCAAUGAAUUGUUUCUGAAAAUUUGCUGCACUACAAUAAAUUCAAGCUAGCCAAAGCACUCCAGAAAUUUUUACCACAGAUUGUUUUUAUAAAACUGCCAUUGCUUCUAAAGUAGAAUAUUGUUUUAAAAGUUAAAGAAUAUAUUUGCAAAACUUACUCGACUGUGUCUUAAGAAAAGGAGGUACUCAUGAGAUCACCUAGGUGGGAUUCAGACUGUCAUGUUGGCGUGUGAAUGUCAGACCUACAGUGUUAAGGAUGGCUACUCAGUGCGUUGUGCAGCCUGACUCCAUCCAGAAUGGCUGUGACCAAUGCUGACAUUAUGUAAUGGAUAAAUAACCACUGAAAAAUAAACCAAAGAACCACAGUGUAUUUUAUCCUUAACCUUUGUAAACCAUGUUUUGUGGAUAACUUUUCCAUUUCUCCAAAAGGCUGAUAUACUUCACUUUUGGAAACACCAGUGUUAAUUCUGAGUGGACAGAAGUAACCUAACCAACUAUCACUAUGUUUGGUACUAAGAGAUACACCUUUCAAUAAAUUUAUUGAAAUGCAAUC